AUGCGGGCAUGGCUCCGAGAAGAGGGUGGCAUCGGCGAAAUGUUAGCAGGGGAGUGUCGAUUCUGGAUCCGCCAAAAUCUGUACACUGGACCCGAUUCCCGACAACCCGAUGCCUAUGUUGAUGGGCUUUUCUUCCAUGCAGGCUGCAGCCAUCAACUUGACCAGCUUGUUGCCGCGAAGGGACUUCCGAAGUCCGUUACCGCGCAUGUCCAUAAUAGGCGAGACCCAGAACUUGGGCAAAUUGAAGCUUGGGGAACUGCUGGUGGCAACGCGCUUAUGGAGUACGCCAACGGCGCGCCUUUCUCCUAUGCAGGAACGCGGGCAGGGCAUACCGGUGCCUUCGGCUGGAGCGGACACUGGACCUUCCACGGCGAGGACGGAGAUAUCCGACGAGAUGCCGGACACUUACAACUCUUCCAACUCGGCAAAACCAUUGAAGAUGUAUCCCUGCAAGAUUUGCACGCCGGUCUAAUAGAAGACGACCGCCUCCAGUUUGAUGCCUUUGCGCAGGCGAUUGCCAAUGGAACGGAUCGGGACUGGAUGCAGGACACAACGCUCGGUACAUGGGUACUCAUGGAAGCAUGCAACGAGUCGGCUCGAACGCACGAAAGAGUUGAUGUUGAAGCGUUCGCCAAGAAGAUGCUCACUUAA